GUGAUACCAAGAUCCACGCGAAGCUGGUUAGGUGCAGGUAGAUUGCAGGAACAUACUUAAAUAGCAGAAAUAAGAUAGCUCUACUGCACACUGUUGACGUUUACUCGAUUUAACGACUCGAGUAAACGUCAACCGUGUGCGGUAGAGCUAUCUUAUUUUUGCUAUGAAAUAACCAGGGUUUGAAACUAACAUUUUCAUGAACACAGACAACAGGGUUCAACAUGUCAGCAACCAAUAUCAUUCAGUUAUAACCUGAUUACGUUUAGGAUACUUACCGGUAGUCAUAUGUCUAGUAAGUUAGAUGUUUAUUACCAUCUAGUAAGUUAGAUGUGUACCUACCUCAUAGCCAGAGUUGAGAUCUGUUUGAGUGUUACUUUCAAGCCCUGGUCAUAACAUUAUGGAUCAGAAUGUAUGUUUAUUAGCCUACUGUAUGUUUUUGUGAAAUUUCAGGCUUGGGUCAUGCUGCAGCCAUGCAGCUGCAAUAUUAUUCAAAGUUGAGUUAUAUGGUAGGAUGGGAAGGACAGAGAAAGAAGCGGUUACUUCUGGAGUGUGCAUGUGGAAAGAUGUCAGCAGGAAAGAAGUCACACCGGCUCCAUUGAGGGAUAUCUGCUUCCAGAAACCAAAAAGGCUAGGCAGGCAACUUUCAGCAGCUUCAACAUCUACUAGGAAGAAUAGUAUCACACCCAGAGUGUUGACAGAUGAUGACAUUCGGGAACUGCGGGAUGUGGACCCAGGUGCUGCAGUGCUGACAAGCCUUGAAAACAGUGACACGGACACAGCAUCAUCUGACACUGAUUCAGAGGAACAUCCAGACUUACCUGAGCCCUUGACAGCUUUAUGGGAUGCAACACUAAGGGAUCUCUCACCACAGGACAUGCAGGUGAAAUGUGAAGAUACAUUUCAUAAGCUAAAAACUACACUACAACCUCAGCAAUGUGAGAAACUGGAAUUUGUGACACGGCAACAGUCAAAGUCAAAUGAGUGGCACACCUAUAGGGCUGGUCGGAUCACAAGCACCAAAUUUCACCAUGCAACCACAACUGACAAGAUAAGCAAAACAUACCUAAAUGAUAUAAUGCAGUACAACAAAACAGAGUUAAAUGUCCCAUCUGUGCUCUGGGGUCAAAACAUGGAGGAAACAAGACAAGCCUACACUGCAUUUAUGUCCCAAAGCCAUCCAGAUUUCAGCAUCAGCUCAUGUGGCUUAGUAGUACAACCUUCUGAGCCACACCUUGGAUCAUCGCCAGAUGGGAUUAGGUUUGUGAGGGCACCACAUACAAUAACAACAUCAUCUAGUAUGUUAACCUGCAACACUGGAAUAACUGUCACACAGGAAAGUUGUCUAGCUGUGUCCACUUCCUGUGCAGAAAGCGGCUUCUUUCCUUUUGUGAAAUGA